GGUUGAUUAUGUUCGAACUUUUUUAGAGGAAACAAAAACUCAUUGGAAAUAUAACCAAAAUAAUUUAACAAAUCAAUGUUUAUUGAGGUCGACAAUGUAAUACGUAGAAAACGUCCAACCAUUGAUUUUUGCUGUAUUAGAAAUGUUUCAAUGAACAGGUGGGGACACAUGAUACUGGAAGAAAGAAGUUAUGCAGAUUGAGAUUGAGCAUUCAGUUUUUAUUAGUUCAACGACUAGACAAGUUGUAGUUUUUUCCAACUUCUUCGGAUAAACCUUACCGACCUUGAUUUUGUUCACAAUGUCAUCGUUCUUGUGUUCGCCUAACAUUCCGGCAAUCACCCUAUUUGGUAGACUAAUUCGAAUAUUGAUAUUAGCGCAAUGUACAAUGGAUCAAUCGCCAAUAAAAUAUCGCUGGCCCAAAGAUUAUGGACCGAAGGCUUUACAUGAAGGACUCGAAGAAUAUGAUUUCGUGAUUGUGGGUGCAGGUACUGCUGGAAGUGUUCUUGCAAAUCGACUGUCGGAAAUUGAAGAUUGGAAAGUUCUUCUACUCGAAGCAGGAGAUGAUCCACCGAUCGAAAGUGAUGUACCGAAUCUGCAACCAUUCCUUUUAAACUCAACGUACACAUGGAACAAUUACGUGGAACCAAACGAAAGAGCAAGCAGGGCAUUCAAAUGGGGAACGUAUUGGCCAACCGGAAAAACCCUGGGCGGUUCGAGUGCAGUAAAUUCUAUGUUGUACGUACGCGGCAAUCGACGCGAUUACGAUGGCUGGCGUGCACAAGGAAAUCAGGGAUGGAGUUACGAAGAAGUUUUACCAUACUUUUUAAAGUCUGAGGGGAAUAAGCAAGAAUGGAUAGUUGAUCAUUCUCAUGGCAGAUACCAUUCAACGCAAGGCCCGUUGAGUGUCGACUACUUUAGAAGUUUUGAUCCAAUUAAAUCAGUUAUUACCAAUGCAGCUGCGAGAAUAGGGUACCGACGACUUGUAGACGUUAAUGCUGAUGAACAUAUUGGAUUUGUGAGGGCACAGGGAACACUGUAUGACGGAGAACGUUGUAGUGCCGCAAGAGCAUUCCUCUCGCCGAUCAAAAUACGCAAGAACUUACACGUUAUGAAAAACGCUUUUGUUACGAAAUUAAUUAUCGAUGGAUAUACGGUGAAAGGGGUGAGGUUCGAGAUUAAGCACCAAAGGAUGGAAGCGUUUGCCAAGAAAGAAGUUAUUGUGUCAGCUGGCGCAAUCAACUCACCCAAAUUACUUAUGCUGUCGGGAAUCGGACACCGUGAACAUUUGGAAAAAUUUAAAAUCCAAGUGGUGAAAGAUCUGGCUGUCGGGGAUAACUUACAAGAUCAUUUGGUUGGUAUCUAUGGAAUGCAGUACAAUCGAUCAAUGGCUCAGAGUCAAACGCCGCAAGAUUUAAAGGAUUCAUUGGACAUGUACUUACGAACCAGAAGUGGGACUCUUGCCGGAAUCGGAGCUUUAGACUUACUGGGCUUCACUAACACUGAAUAUCGACAUUCAAGAUAUCCAAACAUUCAGUUCCAUUUUAUGGCUCAACGCAAACGAAUGAUCGGUUACAGAGAGAUACUUGAUGGUAUGGGCUAUCGUGAUGACUUUAUUCAACAAUUAUUAAUGGCAAAUAACGAGGCACAAACGCUACAAGUUCUCGUCACUCUUCUGAAUCCUAAGUCAAGGGGAACUGUCAGGUUGCGCAGUAAAAAUCCUCAUGUGCGACCAAUUAUCGAUUCUGGAUAUUUGAGAGAGGAAGAAGACGUUAUGACAAUGAUCAGCGGGAUACGCGAAUUUCAACGGUUGUUGGACACUCCUGACUUUCAAAUUCAUGAAGUUCAACCACUUCGUGCCAAUCUUCCCGAUUGUGACGUUCAUCCAAACAACACGGAUGCUUAUCUACGCUGUUACCUAUCCUAUUUCACAUCAACCAUUUAUCAUCCGGUCGGAACAUGUAAAAUGGGACCACUGUCCGAUCCGACGGCUGUUGUUGACGCAGAGUUGAGAGUUUACGGUAUGCGUAGCCUGCGGGUCGUUGAUGCAUCAAUUAUGCCAACAAUUGUAAGUGGUAACACUAAUGCACCCACCUUUAUGAUUGCGGAAAAGGCGUCUGACAUGAUUAAAGACAGUUGGCUGUUGAAAAAUCGAUGGGACGUGGAAGUGACUCACAGUCACCAGGCGUUUGGUGCUAGUGCUAAAUUAUCUGCGUUGAUGUCGCAACCUUGGGAAAGCCAGGAUGGGUACACUGAUGAAGAUCGCGACAUUGUCCGUCGAUUUGAAGCGUAUUUCGAGCAAAAUAUUCAUUUGUAGUGGGAAGGCUAAGUAAAUCAUUUUUUUCAAAUUUUCGUAAUGCAAAAGGAUGGUUGUU